GCAUUCGGCGCGUUGUUUGUCGGCGAGUGCAGGCGUGCGCGUGCGCCGCGUGCCAACAGCUCGCUUCGUUUUGCUCCACUCGGCUCUAGUCCGUCUCGCCGGUAACGCGUACAAGGCGUAUAAUCCCUGUCUUUCGGACGUUUGUUAGCACGUGCGUCUUUAACCAGCCGGCCUUCCGAGAAUUCGACAAUGGGCCGAUAACGGCUAAUUGCUCCCUGUUUGCUAUCGGUUUCGAAUAGAUCGCGAGUGCAGUGUCCGAGAGGGUGUGAUGGCCGAAAACUGCGCGCUUAUACCUGAACCCGUAACAAUGUACACGCAGACGGAAGCGUUGAGAGAUGUGAAGGACUUGUCCAAGAAUUUGAUGAGUGGAGACUUUGAAAGGCAAUAUGCCAAUGAUAUAACAGAGAAAGGUAGCAAAAAGCGGAAAGGAUGUGUUAUUUUCGGGGUAACCGUGGCAGCUUUGGUGGUUUGGCUGCUGGUCCUCACGAUAGUUCGAGAGGUGCAGGUCAAGCGGCUCCAGCAGGAGGUGGAUGAAUUGUCGGCGAAUAUGAUUGCGAUGUCCGCAACCGUGAAGUCUUUGAAUGAAAAGCUCACCAACAACAGGCUUUUCAAUGAAUUCAAGACCUUGGAGGACACGAUAUACGCAGACGACGACCAAGACGUCAAUUUGGUCGACGAUGCCAUAGCUCCUCAGAAGGAGAGCCAGGGCUCCGAGUCUUUGGACAAACUGCACGACCUCACGGUGCUGGAGGAUGACAACCAGCUCGAUGAUGACGAGGACAUGUACGAUGGCGAUGAGAGCGGCGACUGGUAUCCUGAUUAUGAUCACAGGCGGGAAAAGAUCGGGACCACCAACAUGGUGAGGCUGAAGCCUGAUGACUUCAUGGAGAACGUGAUGGCACCGCUAGUCAACCUCAAGGAGAUUAAACGACUACUUAAUGAGAACCCAGAGAUUCAGGACAUCAACAUACCAACACAUCCGCCGGCGACACAGCCGCCUGCAAGCAAUCGCGACAAACGCAGCGUCUUUCCCGACACUACACUCGAGAGUGUUUCCGACUUCACUGAGCCUAAGGGCGUGUCUAAGAUGGAGGAAAGACGCAAGACUAAGAAGUUCUCUCCGAGUACGGACACGUUAAACAAAAUGGCUCUGCACACUGUAUCGAGAACUGCGAGAAACAGUAAUAACGAGGAGGGCAGUCCCAGGCGGGCUUUCGUAGCGGCACAUUUCCACGGCAACACUUCACAUCUCAGCCCCGAGAUACAUGAACACUACAAAGGAAACGGAUUGAUCCGGGUGGCGCACGGUGCUCCACAUGACGUGUGGUACCCCUCGCCCUGGACUGCCGCGUCGCCGCCGCACACGCGCCCCACGCUCACCAGGACUGGCCACGUCAAUGUGCACCAUACCGGCGUCUACCUGGUCUACGUUCAGAUAUACUAUUUAGAUAGUCACGACAUAAUAUCCUGGGUGCUGCACCGAACCAGCGCGUAUAUGGACGGCCGAGACACGUUGCUCCAGUGCGCGCAAUCCUCCCACUCCUCAGAGCGUCUAGAGAAGCCCAACUCCUGCUUCUCCGCCGCAGCUCUCUUCCUGAAAGCCGGCGACAGACUCGCAGUGAGAAACACAGGUGGAGAUAGACACUCGCUGAUGCAGCCAGAGAAGAGUUUCAUAGGUCUCAUUAAACUGGCCGAUGCCGAGGAACCGAACGACGAAAUGUAGUAUUAAAUCGUAAUUAAUUGUAGUACGAGUAUAUUACUGUUGUAAUUUUGCCAUUUGUUGAAGGGUACAAAGUACAAACAGACACAUUACGUGCGUAUCAUAAAAAAUGGUCCAAAAAUCUUACGUUAUCUUGCGUAGAAUGAAUGUUUUUUCGUUAAUUUAAAAGUAUGUAUGAAAUUAAAUAAUUAAUUUGUAUUUCGAAAAAGCACUGUGAAAAAUCUGACAAAUCUGUGAAUUUUUAAGAUUUUAAUUACUUAAAUGCUUAGAAAAUAUUUGAAUCUUUCGUGGCCAAACUACUCAAUUAAAUUCAUCAUCGAAUCUAGUACACAUUAUUGGUGUAAUGAGUUAUAUUCCAUAGGAUAGGAUAUCACACAUCUGCUAAAGGCGGAAAUAAAUCAAAUCAUUGAUUUUCUAUAACCAACGUCAUACUAAAAACACGCCGCGGAUUCUGCAAUUGGGUAAAGUGUUGAGUGUAUUUCCGCCCUUAUUCUUGCCUAGCUGUGGAAUUCAGCUUUACAAUAUGUAUAGUGAUAUUUAUAUUUUAGUCAUAAAAGUGCCAUUAAGGGAAAUUAACUCAUUUCAGUUAAGUGUUUUAAAUAGUAGGAUUCACUUUCAUGUUUGGCAAAAUCGUGUUUGUGUUAUUUAUAACUACAGUUUAUAUAAUAUACAUAGAUGAUUUUAUAAUCAUUAAAAUAUAUUUUUAGGAUAUUUUUUUUACUUUUAUUUCUGAUCGUUUCCGGACAAUUUUCAACCCAAAUGUUGUUCUUAAUUAGUCCAGUUUUAUUUUGUCUUUCAAAUUUCCAAGCUUUGGUUGAAGCUUCCAAGAGCUUGGUUUAUUUUCGUUUAUUCUAUUCUAAUAUUAUAUUAUAUUUUUUAUUAAUUAUUUAGUUUAUUUCUAGGAUCGAACAUGAUAUUAUUAGGUAUACAACCUAUCUAAUAAUAGUUUGAUCUAAAAAAAAUUAUAGUUCGUAAGUUAAUUUGUAACUUAAACUUAUGUUAUAAUAUUUUAGUAAUUUAAUGAUAAUAAAUGAUAGUUAGCUCUUUUUUAAAUAUUUAUCAAAAUAAUUUCGAAAGAUCUGUUAUACCAUUGAUAUUGUAAGUAACAAUUAUAAUACUAUUAUCUAAUCUUUUAAAGUUACAUAAUUUAUUAGUACCUAUAUUAUUACUUAGGUGUGUCUAUUAUUACGAAGAAAAAUUGCCUCGUUGCAUUACGAACAUUGAUGUUAAGUAUGUGUUAAGAAUAAAAUGAUAAGAA